AUGCUAGCUCCCGACUUCCACCUUCAGGAUCACCCCUAUUCUUCCGAUCUCUUGAUGGAGUCCACACUAUACCACCCUGCAAGCUCGUUGAAGGUCGAUGAGCAAAUGCCUUUUGGAGCCUACACCCCGUUUCCAUCCGACUCUCACCCGUUUCUUAUUCCAUCCCUCUUUCCACCCGACUUCUCCAGCCUCAACCUCAAACGCCAGCAGCCCUAUCCAGACCCCUCAGCCUCGCCUUCUGUCGCAGCCUCCCAUCCGGAGUCCUUGUCUUCUUCCAGCUCAGUGACCACUCAUUCUGCUGUCAGUGCUGCAUCGUCCUGUAUUGGCUCCCCGCAUCAAGACCCCUGGCCGGAUAUGAAUUCAGGAUCCAUCCUCGACCAAAGUGCCACCCUCAGCGAUCAGCUAUACCCCCAGGGCUACCUGUCCAGCGGAGUUGACGCGGAAGGCUUUCUUUCUCAGGAGAAGCUUUCACACUGUUUUGUUGAUCCAUCGUUAAUCCAGCCAGCUCAACCGCCAGAGAACUACCAUUUCCCAGUUGUAUCGUAUGCGGAGGACCCACAAUUUUGCUUCACGGCUUCACCUGCUUUUCCGGGCGUGUCGCCAAUUCCUUCUCCAACACUUACCACUCAGCAAUCUCACCAAUUCCAACCUACGGUUCCCAUAUUACCUCAACACCACCAACACCAGUACCAGCAACAACCGCAGCCACAACAGUACCCGCAUAAGAGAAAAGCAGAAUCUUCUCCAGUUACUAGUAGAUACACGUUGCGCCCCGAUGUGCAGCCACUCACAAGGCGAUCCUCCAUCUCUUCUGUGCGCUCUCGAUCUUCGAUACAUAGCCCUCGGUCGACCAAUAUCGAGGUUGACGCUGAGAGUAGGGAAAAAGGCAGAUGCCCCCACCCGACCUGCGGCAAAGUAUUCAAGGAUCUCAAAGCCCACAUGCUUACCCAUCAAUCUGAACGUCCAGAAAAAUGCCCCAUUGUAAAUUGCGAGUAUCAUUUAAAGGGCUUUGCUCGAAAGUAUGAUAAAAACAGACAUACUUUGACCCACUACAAAGGAACAAUGGUCUGCGGCUUCUGCCCCGGUUCCGGCUCGGCCGCAGAAAAGAGUUUCAAUAGAGCAGAUGUCUUUAAGCGUCAUUUAACUUCUGUGCACGGUGUUGAUCAGUCCGCUCCCAAUGGUCGAAAGAAAAGCCCACCUGAUGGCCCCGCUGGAAAGUUAUCGAAUUACUGCCAAGAUGCAACAGGAAAAUGUUCAACUUGUACAGCUACUUUUGCCAGUGCGCAAGAGUUCUAUGAACAUUUGGAUGAUUGUGUGCUGCGUGUUGUACAGCAAGAAGAACCGAGCGAGGCCAUCAACAUGCGACGCCUGACUGAGAUAGCUGAUGAUGAGUCUGUUCAACAGACAAUGAGAAGGCACAUGCUUACCGAUGCGAGCAAUGAUGGGAAUGGCACGGUUGGCGAUAUUAUUACUACCGAUGUGCUGCCAGGAACUGAGCAUUUUAAGAUCACUUCCGAACAGGGAUUGGGGAAGCCAAAUAUUAUGAGUCGAUUCUUGCCACCAAAUUCGAGCGGAGUUUCCAAACCCCGGCACGCAGCAUCACGAAGGAGGAAUAACAGAAACAAUUAUCCACCCUCAUGGGGCUGCCCAACAAACAAGAUGAAAAUGAAGCGCCGGCUUCUUUGUUUAUACGACGGUCCACGCCGACUGUGGAAAGAUGAGAUGAUGUUGGACAAUGAGUUCGAAGUUCGCAUGAAAUUGCCCGGUGGCGAUGGAUUGGGGCGGGACUCUUACGUGACUGACCUAGAUGUUGAAACCAUAAAGCGUGCUAGGGGAAUUCUUAACGCAACUGACGAAGAGAAAGGGCCGUGGGAUCCAGCUUCUGCUAAUACUGGGCUGCUCGGGCCAGCGGCUGUUCCUAUCCUCGGGAAUUCUAAUGAUAUCGUUGACGAGAUUAAUAUAGACGAGCUCAUGUCAUAA